AUGGAGCGGCCAAAAAGUCUGCGCUCCCAGCUUACAGGCUCAUGGUCGCUGGAAUCAUAUUAUGCCUACCUUCCCAAGGAUCCUUCGGACAUCUACCAUCCAAUGGGCCCCAACGCCACGGGCAUCAUCAUGUACGAGAUCGAGCGCAACGGCUCUCCCAUGUACACGUCCGACGGCUACAUGAGCGCCCAACUCUGCAACCCGGAGCCAUCUUCGACUGCAGCUCAGCCGUAUAUCGCCUACACAGGAGCAUUCUGGCUUGACGAAGCUGGCGACGAAAAAGGACCUCUCUUGCACCAUCAAAUGCGAGACUCGAAUUUGUCUGCAUUGAGAGGUGAUGUGCAGCGCCGAUUGAUGAAGAUCACCGACGAGAAUGACGGCAGCCGAUACUUGACGCUCGCGCCAGAAGGUCCGAUGGUGAUAGGACCGGACGGGUUGGAAAGAGUGCUUGUGGUUAGGUGGAAACGGCUGGAGGAUAAUUCUGAUGGGUUGAGAAGUCACCCGAGCAAAGAUGUUGGUGGUAAGCUGUAG